ACAAGAUGGCUGGGUUGACCAGCGCCGGGCCUCCGAGCGGACCAAUUGGUUGCCUCGAACGAGACGUUGGCGUUUGAAAUUAGCCAAUGGCAGUCACACGCUGGAGCUUCCUCUCCGCCUCUUCUCGCCCAGCCCGCGAGUACUCGGAGGAAAGCGAGGAGGUGGUGGCGGCGGCCAGCAGCGGCUAAGUUGCUUCGAGGGGGAGUCCAAGAUGACCGGGUCUAACGAGUUCAAACUGAACCAGCCACCCGAGGACGGCAUUUCCUCGGUGAAGUUCAGCCCCAACACCUCCCAGUUCCUCCUGGUCUCGUCCUGGGACACGUCGGUGCGCCUCUACGACGUGCCUGCCAACUCCAUGCGGCUCAAGUACCAGCACACCGGAGCCGUCCUGGACUGUGCCUUCUACGAUCCAACACAUGCUUGGAGUGGAGGAUUAGACCAUCAAUUGAAAAUGCAUGAUUUGAACACUGAUCAAGAAAAUCUCGUCGGAACCCAUGAUGCCCCUAUCAGAUGUGUUGAAUAUUGCCCAGAAGUGAAUGUGAUGGUGACAGGGAGUUGGGAUCAGACAGUUAAACUGUGGGAUCCCAGAACUCCUUGUAACGCAGGGACCUUCUCUCAGCCCGAAAAGGUGUACACCCUCUCAGUGUCUGGAGACCGGCUGAUUGUGGGCACUGCAGGCCGCAGAGUGCUGGUGUGGGACUUACGGAACAUGGGCUACGUGCAGCAGCGCCGGGAGUCGAGCCUCAAGUACCAGACUCGCUGCAUCCGGGCAUUUCCCAACAAGCAGGGCUAUGUAUUAAGCUCCAUAGAAGGCCGAGUGGCAGUUGAGUACUUGGACCCAAGCCCUGAGGUGCAGAAGAAGAAGUACGCCUUCAAGUGUCACAGACUGAAGGAGAACAACAUCGAGCAGAUCUACCCGGUCAAUGCCAUUUCUUUUCACAACAUCCACAACACAUUUGCUACAGGUGGCUCUGAUGGAUUUGUAAACAUUUGGGACCCAUUUAACAAGAAGCGGCUGUGCCAGUUCCACCGGUACCCCACCAGCAUUGCGUCCCUGGCCUUCAGUAACGACGGGACCACGCUCGCAAUAGCAUCGUCGUAUAUGUAUGAAAUGGAUGACACAGAACAUCCCGAAGAUGGUAUCUUCAUUCGCCAAGUGACAGAUGCAGAAACAAAACCCAAGUCACCAUGUACUUGACAAGAUUUCAUUUACUUAAGUGCCAUGUUGAUGAUAAUAAAACAAUUCGUACUCCCCAAUGGUGGAUUUAUUACUAUUAACAAAGAAACCAGGGAAAUAUAUUAAUUUUAAUAUUAUAAGAACCUGAAAAUAAUGGAAAAGAGGUUUUUAUUGAUUUUUUUUUUUUUUAAAUGAACACUCUUAAGUGCAUGAGAUGGUUGAUGGUUUGUUGCAUUAAAGGUAUCCUGGGCAAACGAAAUUGGAGGGCAGUGACCGCACUUUUGAGAAUCAGUUUUGACCUUGGUAAUUUUUGUUUCCACUGUGGAAAUACAUGUUUGUAAAUAAAUAUAGGUAAUAAAAAUCCUUUUGCAUUCUUUCUGGACCUUAAAUGGUGGAGGAACAGGCUCUUGAGCCAUUUGUUUCUUUUGCUGGUUGUAGUUGCUAAUUCGAAAGCUGCUUCAGACCGCCUCAUGAGGAGGUUAAUCUACAAUUAAACAGUAUUUCCUCUUGGCCGCCCAUUAUGUUCCGAAGCAGAUGGGUCAUCGUUUCCUGGGCUGUUCCACAAAGCAAGGUUAAGUUAGACUCCUGGGAAUCAGCUAGUUUUCAAUCUUAUUAGGGUGCAGAAGGAAAACUAAUAAGAAAACCUCCUAACUUCAUUUUGUGACUGUAAACAAUUAUUUAUUAGCAAACAAUUGAUCCCAGAAGGGCAAAUUGUUUGAGUCAGUAAUGAGCUGAGAAAAGACAGAGCAUAUCUGUGUAUUUGGAAAAAUGAUUGUAGCGUAAUUGUAGUACAUUUCGACAGGCAUCUUUUUGGACCUGUUUCUGUCUCUAAAUGAAUUUUUGGAAACAUUAACGAGGUUUACAUAUUUCUCUGACAUUUAUAUAGUUCUCAUGUCCAUUGCAGUUGCCCAGCCGCUGGUGAUUAAGGUUAAAAAGAAAAAAUUAUAGUGAGAAUGAGAUUCACUUUAAUGUAAUGCCCUGAAGCAGAACACGAACUUAGCUUGGUCUAUUCUAGCGAGUUCCAAAUAGUAUUUUUGUGGUCAGACUUCGGUGUUUUAUUUAUAUUAUUUGCAAAUGUGUGUUUUUGAAUGGGCCUUGGACCCUUACUGAAAUUUACACAAUGACUUUUUUUUUUUUUAUUCUUUUGAUACAGAGAAAGUCUUGCUUUUAUUUUGUAAGCAUUUCAGUGAAAACUUCGUGUUAAGUGUGAACCCAUCUUUUGAAAUGUAUUUUCUUCAUUGCAGGUCCACCUAAUCAUCUCGUGAAAGUGGUUUCUCUAUGGCAAGCUUUGUUUUGCUUCCUACAAAUACAUACUCAUCCCCUAAGGGAUGCGUUGUAGUCAUUGUGGACACCUUAUUUAGUAUGUGGAUUUCUCUGUUUUCUGUCUUAAAAAAACUUGUUCGUGUGCCCUUCCAUGCUGACUUUGUGUAGGAUGAGGAGUCUUUGUGUCCUUGGGUGAUAGUCCGAAGAAUUGUUUUUACCCCCAGAAAGCCCAGUUGCUGUUUCGGAGCAGCUUGAGCUCUUUUUGUAAAAUAAUCUAACCCUGUUAUUGUUGUGCUGUCUAAUAAAUCAGAGAUUCAGAACCCUUAAAUGUUGGAUGUUUUUAAAUGUUGGUAAUUAAUGUAAUUUACUUCAUAAAAAGGCUUCUGUAAAGCAAAACUCGUUUCAUCAAGGGCCUGGUAGGGAUGACAUUUUACCUUUAAGUCCACACGGCCUCGUUUAAUUACGUCUGUUUUUGUGUACGUUGGGGAUUCAGUCCUGGCUAAAGUGAUCUGUUGGAGUUCUGCCAUUUCUCUCGUGCCCUCUUGCUGGAUCAGCAGGGGCCUUGAGCCAACUGUGUAGCUUCGCAGGGUGGGCACAGACAGGGUGGCAGCUGACGGGCACCCUUCGGCCUGACUCUCCUGCGCUGGUGCAGUAGGGGUCCUGCGGCUCCCCCGUCCGUGGGCCGGUGCAGUCAUCAUAUGCGCCUGCACAGAGCCGGGUGACGGACCCGUCUGUACUUCUCCAUCAAACGCUAAAUCAAAGUGAAGCCCUUGGGAUGGUAAAUAAUGUAACAGCCAGAGACUAACUGAUGGCAUUGGUGUUGGAGUGUGAUUAUGUGCUUUUCAGACUCCUAACCACUUGGUUGAGGACAAAGCAUAAAUUGAAAACAUUGUUUAACUGAAAGGGAAUUACUAUGGUGUUGUAAAAGGUGACUAAAAUUAAAGCAAUGUUGGUUGGGGACCUGUUUUGAGUUCGUGGUGUGGGAGGGCUGUUUUUGUACUUCUAUCUGCAUGUCUUCUUUCUCUUGAAACCGGAUGUGUCUCAACCUGAAGGUGUCUCCUGGCCUCCCUUGUGGACCUGUUAACCUGCUUGCUCUCCUUCACGAUUUGCCUGUUUAGGAUUACAGCCACCUUUCCCCCCAGAUGAUCCAGGGGUAAAAACCUUAGUGUUCUCCUUGAUUUCCUUUGUCCAUAUCCUCUUCAGUGUUUUUAAGUGUCUUUUCUGAUGAUUUUUCUUUCUACUGCCUGUCUCCCACUGCUACUCACCCACCUGGGAUAUGCAGCAGGGUUGGGGCUCUGCCCCGAGUUCUGCAUCUGCUGGAACAGUGACUUUCAGACUUUUUUAGUUGUGAUCCAAGUAGGAAAUACAUUUGGACUGAAGUCCAGAACACACAGAGGUCAAUCCAGUAUGUGUAAUAGAGACAAAUUUCAUAAAGUAUUCCUUGUUCUUUGUA